CCGAGAGCUGACAUCUCCCUGCCCAGCCAUGGGUCCCAACCUGUUCCUGCUGCUGCUCUUGGGACUAACAGGCCAGGGCUGGGCUGACAGCCUUCCUGAGAAGCUGCAGGCACCUGUGGGGGGCUCCAUUCUGGUGCAGUGCCACUACCGACCCCAGGACAUCAAGGCUGAGAAGGUGUGGUGCCGGUUCUUGCCGGAGGGAUGCCAGACCUUGGUGUCCUCAGCUGUGGAUCGCAGAGCCCCAGGGAGCAGGCGCACGUUUCUCACCGACCUGGGGAGCGGCCUGCUCCAGGUGGAGAUGGUGACCCUGAGAGAGGAGGAUGCAGGAGAAUACGGCUGCGUGGUGGAGGGAACCGCCGGGCUCCAGACGGUGCACAGAGUCGCUCUGGAAGUGCUCCCUGCCCCUCCUGGCCUGAACGGGGAGGAGAAAGAGACCUAUAAGGCUGGCAGUCUGUCUGAUGGCCCAUCCUCAGACCCUGAAGGCAGUGCCAGCCCUUUGGAACCCAGCUGGGAUAAGAGCACCCCCUUGAUCUGGGGCGCUGUGCUCCUGCUGGUCCUGCUGGUGGCGGCAGCUGUGCUGUUUGCUGUGAUGGCCAAAAGGAAAGGGAACAGGCGUGGCGUCUGUGGCCGAUUCCAGAGCAGUGGAGUGCCAGGCACGGCCCCCUCCUCAGUGGUCCACCACAUCAGUGACUCUGGACUGGCUGUAGAUUUGCCAUCGGAUGUACCAUAUGUUAGGCUCGACUCUCCACCCUCCUUCGACAAUACCACCUACACCAGCCUACCUCUUGAUCCCCCGUCAGGGAAACCCCCACCCCUAGCCCCAUCCUCAUCACCUCCUCUGCCUGCUGAGGUCCUGACCUGCUCCAAGCCUGUGACAUAUGCCACAGUCGUCUCCCCUGGAGGGCAGCAGGAUGGAGGAGCCUUCUGUGAGCCAGCCCAAGAUCCACCUAAUAGCCAGAGUCCACCUAGCUAAGCUGCUCACCAUGUUGUGCGCUCACAGAGACCAUCCCCAGGUUCUGUGCAUCCAUCCAGCCAGCCCAUGCCUUAGAUCCUUAAGAUACCAGAGCAACUAGGGACUAGGAUCUAAUCUAAUGUCUUGACUUUUCUGACCUGGAAAGUGAUGCUUGGAUGUGAUUGAGGUGUCUUGGCAAAGCUCCCCAUCCUGGUUCCUCUGUCAUUACACCA